AUGUCUAAUUCCACCGCUUUCUCCAUUGCGUAUACCAAAGCCCAGCAAAGAUUGAACCAUCUUGCACGUGCAGUGGAUGGAGAAUCUUGGGAGAAAUCAGAAUGGCGACUUUUUAUCCAAAGGACCUCUCAUGAGGUUGUGUCUCUAGUCGAGGUUGUUUGCAAUCAGACUGCACACUUGGUCCCUCCAGUCACCUUGGGCAGGCACAAUGUUAUCUAUCGAAUUCACUGCGAUGGAGAUCCUUACGACAUUGUUGUUCGGCAACCACGCCCCGAUUUGGUACAGUUCUGGGAGGAAAAGGCUGGCUAUGAAUCUGCAACCAUGUCUUACCUCGCCAAAAACAGUGCUGUACAUGUUCCGGACCUCUUCUUUCACAUUCCGUCAUCACAUAUUGGACCGGCUAAGAUCUUACUAUUCGUAGAAAGUCAUCGGAGCAUGUCAGGCGCCCUCGCGGGCUCUGACGAAGAUCCGGAGGAGAUAACGGUUCUGGACCCAGAGAUACCCGAAGAGGAUCUAAGAAUGCUUUACGGGAAGAUGGCUGCGCUUCUGAUCAAGCUCUUCGAGCCAACCCGGCAUAAGAUCGGGUCAUUGGUCGAAGUUGGCAGCGAGCAUUCAGUGGCGCGUCGACCACUCACCCAAAAUAUGUACGACAUGGUAUGCAAGGCGUUUAUCCCAAAAUCAGUUCUUCCGUCAUCGGAAAAGGUAUAUCACAGUGCCGAUGAAUGGUACGCCGCUUCGGCAGCUAUGCACAUGGCUCAGUUGCUUUUCGAGCAUAACGAUAUUGUUGAGUCGGAGGACGAAUGCCGAAAUAAGUAUGUUGCACGAUAUUUGUUUCAUUCACUCGCAAAGGAAGGUCAUCUGUCUUCUUUUGGAUUUCUUGAGGAUAAUUGGUCAGCCCAGUCUCAGUCUUUGAAUUUGUCGUGCUCUAUGCCAUAUGGGACUGACUCUUUUCGACUUUGGUGCGACGAUCUGAGGCCCCAUAAUGUUCUUUUGGACAGAAACGACAAUAUCGCGGCAGCUCUUGACUGGGAAUUCUCAUACUUCGCUCCUACGCAAUUCAGCCUCGAUCCGCCCUGGUGGCUGUUGCUGCAGCCUCCGGAGCUGUGGCCUUCUGGAAUCGAUGAUUGGUCCCAGGUCUACGAAGCCAGACUUGAGACCUGGCUAUUUGCAAUGGAAUAUCAGGAACGGGGUGAGGAGAUCAACUUUCCAGACAACCUUUCAGCUUAUAUGCGUGAGAGCUGGGAGGGUGGUCGCUUCUGGCUUACCUACGCUACGAGAAAGAGUUGGGCCUUCGAUACAAUAUUCUGGAAGUACUUGGAUGAGAAGUUCUUUGGGCCAAGAGACAAAGAUACACAAGAAUCUCAGUUUUGGAAGGCGAGGGUUCAUCUUCUAGGGGAAGAGGCACAAAGGUCUAUGGAAAUGGUCGUGGAAAGAAAGAUGAAUGAUGCAGAAGAGAGAGUCCUAGUAGAUUGGGAUCCGGACACAGCGAACCAACUUCUGCAAGAGGCAUUGGGAUAUUAUUCAGAUUCACAGUUGUAA